GUCAGAUUAAUAAUUGCAUGAUCCUAAUGCAAAGGAAGAGCGAUGAAGAGGGCUCUAUACUUUCUUUUUGUGGCUUUUCGGCUGCUAUACUGUGAAGGCAGCAUACGCCUGUCUGGUGGAAAAUCCCCCAACGAAGGGCGUGUAGAAAUCUUGUACAAUGGAACAUGGGGAACAGUCUGUGAUGACAGUUGGGAUCUCAACGAUGCUAAUGUUGUGUGUCGUUCUCUGGGACUCCCAAAUGCAGCAAGCUCUCUAUGCUGUGCAGCGUUUGGUAAAGGCAGUGGUCCAAUACUUCUCGAUAAUGUCCAUUGUCAGGGACACGAAGAAUCACUUUUUCAUUGCCAACACAACGGGUGGCGUUCUCAUAAUUGUGGUCACGGAGAGGAUGCUGGUGUGGUGUGUGGCAAGCCAAAGAUCUAUACGGUUCGAACAAAUAACCUGUCAGGAGUAAUCGAAAGUCCAGGUUACCCACAGUACAUGAGGCAGGUGAACUACCAGUGGACGUUUUCAAAUUCCGUCGCCAAUGCACAAGUGGCUGUGUACUUCGACAACAUUGAUUUAAGACGAUAUCAUGGCGGAAUGAGCAAGAUAACCGUUGUAGAUUCAAGGAACACUAGUUUUCUUAGUGUGCAAAACCAGAGGCACCAUCCAGUUGGGUUUUUGAUAACCAACCCUCCAUUGAUGAUCAGUUUCUAUUCUUCAUAUCAAUCAAGAAUUGGCCAUAGUGGCAAUGGCAUUCGUAUGCGAUAUUUUGUCUUCAGUGGAUCGGAUAAACAAAGUAGGUAGAUAAAAGAUAAAACUGCUUUUAUUUCCUUUCUAGAG